AUGUCACAUCAGGAGGUGUUGAGGCGUAUAAGCCUGUCGACAAAAGGUCGAAGGGAAUCCAUCAGCGACAUCAAGGCCGCUGUGCCCGACCUUGCUCUGAGCGGCAACAUCAUCUCCGCCACCUUCACCUUGCCACACUCGAUAAAAUACCGCCAGGGAGGAGAAUGGGAUUUGGGAACCAGACGCGGGCAGUCAGCCCUGUUUGAUUCCUUCUCCCACCUUUCAUCAGACGAAUCACCCUGGAACCACACCGUAGUGGCAUGGACUGGUGAAAUUGAGGCCCCUCGCGAUGUGUCAACGCCGCCCGACUCCCAUCCCGACACCAGCCACAUGCAUGGCGUCAAUGCUUUGUCCGCUCCGGUGCCCAUUGAUGGCGUUACGCCGCCCUCGCCACCAACGCAGGACGGCUUAUGGAUUCCUCGCGAACACCAGGUCGAGCUCGAACAGAAGCUAUCCCAGCACAAGAUGAUCAAGACUGUGCCCAUUUGGCUGUCUGACGAGGACGAGCAGAGUGCCGAAGGCAUCAGGCUCAAGGACCAGGCUCGCUGGAGAAAAUACGCCGACCAGAAUCUCUACACCUUGUUUCAUUAUAAGCAACAUGAACCAAGUGAUGGAAGAGCCGAGCGUGUUCAGUGGGCGGAUUACUACCGUAUGAACUUGGCUUUUGCCAACAAGAUCAUCGAGACCUACAAGCCCGGCGACAUUGUAGUCAUCCACGACUACUACCUCAUGUUACUCCCUAGCAUGCUGCGCCAGCGUGCCCCGAAGAUGUACAUAUCCUUCUUCCUACACUGCCCUUUCCCCAGCAGCGAGUUCUUGCGCUGCUUGCCGCGAAGAAAGGAAGUGCUCGAAGGUGCUCUGGGCUCCAACUUGAUUGGCUUCCAGUCAUACAGCUACUCGCGCCAUUUCUCCAGUUGCUGCACCCGCAUCCUCGAGUUUCCCUCCGACUCUCUUGGCGUUAAUGUCUAUGGCAACCGGGUCGAGGUCGGCGUUUUCCCUAUUGGGGUCGACGCUGCUAAAUGCCAGCAGUUGGCAUGGUCCGAUGCUGUUGACGACAAAUACCAAGCUUUGAGAAAAUUGUACGAGGGCAAGAAGAUUAUUGUUGGCCGUGACCGCCUGGAUAGCGUGCGCGGUGUGGCGCAAAAGUUGAUGGCCUUUGACAGGUUCCUGGAGCUUUAUCCAGAGUGGACCGAGAAGGUGGUCCUGAUUCAGGUCACGUCACCGACAACCCUCGGAGGAGAUGAGGAGUCUGGAAACAAGAUUGCCGGCAGAGUUAAUGAGUUGGUCAUGAAGAUCAACGGCACAUAUGGCAGUCUCGGAUUUUCACCCGUUCAGCACUACCCCCAGUACCUCAGCCAAGAUGAGUACUACGCACUUCUGAGGGUAGCCGACAUCGGUCUUAUUACUUCUGUCCGGGACGGAAUGAACACGACCAGUCUGGAAUACGUCGUCUGCCAGCGCGAUAACCAUGGGCCCUUGAUUCUGUCCGAAUUCAGUGGUACUGCUGGCAGUCUUGUAGACGCUAUACAUAUCAACCCUUGGGACCUCUCAGACGUGGCCAAGCAGAUCGAUCACGCCCUGACCAUGUCUGACGAGAAGCGCCUGGCCAUGCAGUCGUCCUUGUACCACCAUGUCACUACCCACAAUGUGCAAAGCUGGAGCACCAAGUUCCUUCGCAAACUUGUGGGGAUCCUGAACAGCAACCACACUGCUGUCGUGACCCCAUUACUGGACCGCACCACAAUGUUGCAGCAGUACCGAGCUGCCAACAAGCGCUUGUUCAUGUUUGACUAUGACGGUACGCUUACGCCUAUUGUUAGGGAACCCAGUGCAGCCAUCCCCUCGGAGCGCGUCAUUCAGACCCUGAAGUCGUUGGCGUCUGACCACCGCAAUGCUGUUUGGAUAAUUUCUGGCCGUGACCAGGAGUUCUUGCAGCAACACUUGGGUCACAUUUCUGAGCUGGGCUUCAGUGCCGAGCAUGGAAGCUUCAUGAGACACCCUGGUGAGACAACCUGGGAGAACCUGGCAGAGAAGUUUGAUAUGGGCUGGCAGGAGGAAGUCAUACAAAUUUUCCAGAAGUUCACAGACCGCGUGCAAGGCUCUUUCAUCGAACGAAAGCGGUGUGCUCUGACUUGGCACUACCGUCAAGCUGACCCUGAGCAAGGCUUGCACGCAGCCCGAGAGUGUCAGAAGGAGCUCGAGUCGACUGUGGCUAAAAAGUGGGAGGUGGAGGUCAUGCCCGGCAAGGCCAACAUUGAGGUGCGCCCUACAUUCAUCAACAAGGGAGAAAUCGUCAAGCGUCUGGUCGCCAGUUACAACACAGACACCUCUCACCUUGCAGAGUCGUCCAAGCCGGCCUCUUCUGAGCACGGCAUUGAGUUUGCUCUUUGCAUGGGCGACGAUUUCACAGACGAGGAUAUGUUCCGAUCCCUUAACGUUGUGAGCGGUACGACUCUCAGCGAGCAGACCAUCUUCACCGUUACUGUCGGCGCGAGCACAAAGGUUACUCUGGCCAAGUGGCACGUCCUAGAGCCUGAGGAUGUCAUCGAGGGUAUGGCCCUCCUUGCCGGUGUAGGCAAGAGUGGCGAGAUCGGCGAUCACGCCUUGAGCACCACCAACCUUGCUGCAGUUGCGGGCUUGGAAGGACACGUCCCAGAUGCAUGA